AUGGCAAACCUCAGAGAAGAAGUGAGAAACAAACAGGUGUUAUUGAAAGAGUAUACAAGUGGCUUCCCAAAAGAGAGUGAUAUGUAUAUAAGCACUGAUACUACCAUAUGUUUGAAGGUGCCACAAGGUUCUAAUGGGGUUUUGGUGAAGAAUCUGUACUUAUCAUGCGACCCUAAAAUGCGACUUCUAAUGCAAAAAACCGAAGGCCUUGACUUGCCUUCCUUCACCCCUGGUUCUGUGUUAACUGGGGAAGGAGUAGCAAAAGUUUUGGAUUCAGGACACCCAAACUUCAAGAAGGGUGACUUCGUUUGGGGAACAACUAGAUGGGAAGAGUACAGUCUCAUUACAGAACCUGAUUCCCUUUUCAAAAUUGAACAUACUGAUGUACCUCUUUCAUACUAUACAGGAAUUUUGGGUAUGCCCGGAAUGACUGCUUAUUUUGGUUUUUAUGAGAUUUGUAAUCCUAAGAAAGGAGAAUAUGUGUUUGUCUCUGCAGCAUCUGGUGCAGUUGGUCAGCUCGUUGGGCAGUUUGCAAAGUUGAUGGGCUGCCAUGUUGUUGGAAGUGCCGGAAGUAAAGAAAAGGUUGAUCUGUUGAAGAACAAAUUUGGUUUCGGUGAUGCAUUCAAUUACAAAGAAGAGCAUGACUUGGAUGCAGCUUUGAAAAGGUACUGUCCUGAAGGCAUUGACAUUUACUUUGAAAAUGUUGGUGGAACGAUGCUGGACGCAGUGCUCCUUAACAUGAGGGACCAUGGCAGGAUUGCUGGCUGCGGAAUGGUCUCAGAAUACAAUCUUGAUAAACCCGUAGGAGUGAAAAACUUGAUGUACAUCAUCUACAAGCGAGUUCGUAUAGAAGGAUUUAGAGUUUAUGAUUACUAUCCCCAAUAUUCUAAGUUUUUGGAUGCUGUUUUGCCAUUUAUUAGAGAAGGGAAGAUAACAUACGCGGAAGACAGUGUUGAAGGCCUUGAGAGUGGUCCUGCAGCUCUUCUAGGACUUUUCAGUGGCCGUAACGUCGGAAAACAAUUAGUUGUAGUUGCUCGUGAAUGA